AUGAAGCGGCAGCUGACGCGGAAGGGCUCGGCGCUCAACCCGGCGGUGGCCGCGCCGGUCGUCCGCAUCCACGAGAUCGACUCGAUCUCCGAGUACGAGUCCGAGUUCCACCACGCCUUCAUGAAGAGCCGCCUCGAGACGGACGAGUUCCUGUAUGCGGACAAGCGCAACCUGCUGCGAGAGCUCGAUGAGUUCUGCGACGUCGAUGGCAUGCAUCUGCCCAAGGGCCCGCUCAUCGUCUUCGGCGCGCCCGGCAGCGGCAAGUCGGCGUACCUGGCCAAUUGGGUCCAUCGCCGCAAGAAGAAGUUCCAGAACUGGAACAACGGACUGCCCGAGUUCAUCUUCUACCACGCGGUCGCAUGCACGCGCCAAGGCGCGUUCGUCUCCAAGCUCCUCGAGCGCAUUUUAACCGAGCUCAAAGAGUAUUUCGAGCUUCCAAAGGAAGUUCCGACGCUCGAAGAGCGCCUGAGCUGGCAGUUUCCGCGCUACCUCGACGCAGCGUCCCGCAAAGGCCGCAUCAUCCUCAUCGUCGACGGCGUCCACCGCCUCCGGACGAGCGACGGCGACUCGAUCCUCAAGUGGCUCCCGCUCUCGUUCCCAUCCAACGUGCGGCUCGUGCUCGCGGCCACGAGCGUGCCUAGCGGCAGCACGCCCGAAGUCAACGGCCCCGACCUCCCGACCAUGGAGCGCAUCAAAAUUGAAGCCGUGCGCCGCAACUGGCACUCGGUGCAUCUGAGUCCGCUCAGCGACGACGAGAAGCGCCUCAUUGUCGCGAAAUUCCUGCAGCGCCAGAGCCUGUACUCGCCGACGCCGGGCCUCCAGCUCUUUGAGCUCCAAGUCAAGGCCAUUGUGAGCGUCGGGCGCACGACCAACCCCAAGUUCCUUCGCGUCCUCCUCGUGGCCUUGGCGUGGGCGGCCAAGCAAGGCUACAACAUUCACGUGGUCUUCAAGGAGUGGAUCUCGGCCAUGAGCAACGGGAAUCUGUACGAGAGCGUUUUGCGCGCCAUGGAAGUCGGGCACGUGCCCAACCACGACGACACGGCGGACGCGAUGCAGUUCCUCGGCGAGCACGCGCUCGACACGACCUUCUUCCCUGCACCGCCCGCAUCGCCGACCAAGUACAGCACGGCCCACGCCGCGAGCGAGCACCACCAAGCGCCAGGUCCUGGCAACAGCGACUCGGACGACGACGAGACAAGCACGCCCCGCCACUUUGAGGAAAACGUCCGAGACGUCCGCCUGAUUUUCAAAGAGCUCGCAGACGACAUCGCAGACAAUGACGACGACGACGACGACGACGACAGGACGCUGGAUGCUCCCCGAGAGAUCCUCACGUCCGUCCUCAGCACCGUGUCGUGUCAGCCGUCCACGGACGGUGACGAGUUGCGCGACGCAACGCCAAAGCCAGCUACGCCCGCCAAGACGCCACUCGCGAGCCAGCGGUCGAUGCGGGUUGCCCCCCGCCUCGCCCCUGUGUAUCCUGUGUACGUCACGGGCGGUCGCGAAGUGCUCGGGCUCCGCGGUCUCCUCGGAAAGGCGCUCUGUGUGUUGUACGUCGCCCGGCACGGCCUCCUCGUGAACGAGCUCAAAAGCCUUGUGAACGCGAUGGCGAUCGCCGAGAAGGAGCACAUCCAUGGCCUUCCGGACGAGAACGAGGAGGCGCUGAACCGCGACCUCGACAGUCUUCUGAAAGAGAGCUUUCCGAAGCUGCUCCCGCCCAAGCUCGCGUUCCAAGAGAGCACGUGGAGCACGCUCCUCUCCGCUCUCCGGACACUCGGCUUCCUCUUCCUCCAGGACAUCGUGCUCUUUCCCCUCUGCGCCGACUCGCUGCGAGACCUUGUCUACUGGCGCUACAUUGGGUCGCCGAAAGCCGAGAUGGCGUACCACAACUGGCUCGUGCGCUUCUUCAUUUGCCACCCGCCGACGUUCCGCCGCGUCGAAGAGCUGCCGUGGCACUUGACGUUUUGCAAGCGCUGGCACGCGCUUAAAGAAGUGCUCGUCAACUUGCCCAUGUUCCAGCUCCUCUUCACCGCCAACUACAAGACCGAGCUCUUUUCGUAUUGGAAGACGCUGAGCGAAGGGUCGGCCGUGGGCGGCUCGGUGGCGCCGUCGAGUGACGUCGAGGGCGGCGACGAUCCGCGCAAGCAGCGCCCGAUUACGUUUGAUGUCGUCCGCGAGUACAACAAAUCCCUCGACGACUGGUACCACUGCGCGCGUCCGUCGACCAAGCAGCUGCUGCCCGUGCUUCAGACGAUGACGCGGUUCCUCUUCGAGUACUCGGUGUUUAGCCAAAUGGAGCUGCCGACGUUCAAUCACCCGAUCGUCGACUUGAAAGAGCUCACGAGCAAUGGCUUCCACUUUGUGCAGCAGUUGCCGCACGUUCUCGUCCAGCAGUCGCUCGAACCCAACCCGUUUUACCUCUACCACCGCUGGAUCUGGAUCCAGUAUCCGUGGCUUGCGCUUGGGUACGAGAUCGACGAAGCUGACAACAAGACGUCGCCUGGCGCGAUCCAAGCGUCCAUCUCCAUCGACCCCAACCACAUGGCGGACGAGCCCAUCGAGCUGUCGCCGCCCUUGGGCACUUCGUCGCCGGCGUCCCUGGUGCCGACAUCGUCUUUGGCGCCGUCUGCGUCGGCCGCGACGCUCGCACCGACCAACCCCGUGAAGCGCACGUCGUCCAUGCCCAACAUCAACAGGCACCCGCGGCGCCCAUCGGCCGUGAGCAUCAGUCCAUUCAAACUCAAGGCGAUCGCCAACGCCAGCUUGCCGACGAUUCCUGUGUCGAGUGCGCCAGCGACGUUGGACAUUAUUGGCCCUAACUCGCCGACGCACCUCUUGAUGAAGCGCAAGACGUCGGUCAUGGGCUACAAGAACGCACCGACCGCGUCUUUUACUGUCCAACUCGAAAACACCAUUUUAGAGGAGUCGGGUCUCGGGUCGAGCCUCGGGCGGUCGCUCUCGCAGCGGUCGCCGGCCGCGACCAACGCGGUGCGGGACGUGGAUUUCUUCGCCGACCAAAUGGUGGGCGAAGGGUUUGGGUUGCAGGCCCACGUCCAAGAUUAUCCCAAGACCGAGUACGACGUGAAGAAGUCGUGCAACCAGCAAGUGCUGCUCAAGCUGCAGCAGUGCCACAACUACCUCAAGCGCGAGGCGGCGACGAAAAAUGCUCGCUUGGAGAAGCUCCGGCAGACGAUUCGAGAUCGAAAGCACAAGCACAGCGCGUCGCUCACGUACAUCCACGAAGCCGAAGAGGCGCUGCGGGAGAUGACGCGGCGCAUGGACCAAGUCGACGCGACCAUGAAGGUGGUGGCCAAGCAAGAAAAGACCUAUGUCAAAUUGCUCAAAUCGUGCGAUAUGUACCCUGCGUCCGACCACCACCACCUCACAAAGGCCAAGAAGGAAGCCAAGCUCCUCCAAAUGUCGCUGCGCGAUUUGGACAAGGAAUUCGAGGCGCUCAAGUUCCAGCACCACCACGUGAGCACGAACGAGCUGCCGCGACUCCAAGUCGAGUGUGCCAAGAACCGGCGGCUCCACGAAGCCGUCUUAGACCGCCUCGAGAAGACACGCGACCGCAUGGAGCUCGACCAAGCCAAGAUUGACGACCUCUACCAGACGCGACUGGGGAUCAUCGAGAAGGUCAAGGCUCACGCUCUCCAGAUCAAGUCGGCCGAGACGAUCGAGCUCGAGAAGAAGCUGCAUGUGCAAGUGACGGCGGAAACCACCGCGUACAACAAGGCGUCGAUCGCCAAGGUCGCGCUCAACCAGUGCCAGUCCAUGUGUCGCCGCAUCAUUGCGGCCACCGGUCUCUCCGACAUGAGUGCGAUCCACGACAAGUUCAACAACCGCGAGGCACUCAACCGAAGUCUGGACGAGCAGGCCCAACUCUACGAGGCGCGCUUGAAGCAAAUCAAGAUGAGUCAGAGCGAGCUCGAGGCGCAGGUCAAGGGCCUCGAGCACAUCCACAAGGAGUGUGCAGACCCGCGUGUGCUCGAAGACGACGCGCGCGAAGCCGAGUCGUCGCUCUUGCGCGUGCAGCGCACGUACUCGAGCCAGCUGCACGCGCUCAACGAGAUCAUCUCGGGGCUCGCCAACAUUGCCCGACUCGCCGGUAUCACGCGCGUCGCCGCGCCCAAGCAAGGUCUCGUGCCUGCGCGCGACCUAUGGCCGCCGUACCAAGACAAGGACACGCGGGCGGCGACGCUGUCGCAGUUCGAGUCGAUUCCGCCCGAAGCCCUCUGCGACAUCAUCCGCGUGUGCGAAGAGCGCAUGAUGGCCAUCGUCGACAAGAACGAGCACGGUCGAGGCGACCCGGACAUCCUCUACGGAAGCAAGGGCAGCCUCGCGACCGAUUUGAACCGCAAACCGAGCUUGACACCGCGCAGCAGCACGAGCAGCCAGAAGAAGCGCAAGCCGGACCUGCGACUGCUCAAGAGCAUGUCCAAGCGGAGUCCCGAUAUCGACGACACGGCCGGCGACGAAGCCGACGAGUGCGAGAGCCCACGCCCUUUGACGCAGAGCUCGCAGGACGUGCACAGCCCACGGGCGCACUUGUCCAUCGACCGAGACGACGAGAGCGGGCCUGGCAGCGUUGUUACGCGCGAGACGAUCAAGAACACCUCCAAGCACAAGCUGGCGGCGAAGCGUAAGGAGACGAUGGGCAAGAGCUCGGCGACCCUCCUGCACCACGAGGACACGGGCAGCUCGUUGGGGUGAUCCUAAGUGAUACGAACGGUUAAGUUUAAUAACAAGCUAGACUAAUGGCGGGA